UGACGCUUUUAUUGUGAAGGAUUCUGGGCGGAAGCGUUGUUGUUGCUGCUGGCGGACGGAAAGAGAAGAACCGUUUUGGGCGUGGAGGUAAACCAUACAGCGGCAACAUGUCUCGACUGAAACGAGCGGCUCAGGUGGACUCGCUGUCGGGCUUCAGGGCGGAGAAGAAGGAGCAGAGCGUCCCUUCCGGUCUGCUGAAGGCAGCCAGGAAGAGCGGCCAGCUCAACCUGUCCGACCGGGGGCUCACUGAAGUCCCUCAGGAAGUGUAUCGUCUGAACGUGGACCCCCCAGAGGACGCCCAGCUGAACGUGUCCUUCGGAGCAUCGGAUCGCUGGUGGGAACAGACUGACCUCACCAAACUUCUGCUCUCAUCCAAUCAGCUCACACACCUGUCUGAUGACAUCAGAUUGCUGCCUGCACUCAUUACACUGGAUCUCCAUGACAACAAGCUGAGCAGUUUACCCAGCGCUCUGGGAGAACUGCAGGAGCUGCAGCAACUGCGUCUCAGUAAUAACCAGCUGCGAUCCCUGCCGGUGGAGCUGUGCUCCCUGAAGAAGCUGAGCAGCCUGGCGCUGCAGCAGAACCUGCUGGAGAGCCUGCCGGAGGAGCUGGGCCAGCUGCAGAACCUCACCCAGCUGGACCUGUCCAACAACCAUCUGAAGAUCCUGCCGUCCAGCCUGGGCUGCCUCACCUGUCUGCAGAAGCUAAACCUGUCCACCAACCAGCUCAGCAGUCUGCCCGACAGCCUGGCCCGGCUCUGCAAUGUGAAGCUGCUGGACUGCAGCAAGAACCAGCUGACUGACGUCCCGGCCAGCCUAUCAGAGAUGUCCGCUCUGGAGCAGCUCUACCUCAGACACAACAAGCUCCGCCUCCUCCCAAAGCUCCCUGCACCAGCCCUCAAGGAGCUGUACGUGGGGAACAACCACAUUGGACAGCUGGAGGCGGAGCAGCUGGCCUGCCUCAAAGCCAUCUCUCUGCUGGAACUGCGAGACAACAAGAUCAAGAGCCUCCCUGAGCAGAUCACCUUACUGAGCACGCUCACACGCCUCGACGUCACCAACAAUGACAUCACCACUGUGCCAGCGUCUGUCAGCCUGCUGCCCAACCUGAAGGUGCUGCUGCUGGAGGGCAACCCUCUGAGAGGACUCAGGAGAGACUUGCUCACUAAAGGAACCAAUGAGCUGCUGACAUAUUUAAGAGGAAGAAUUAAAGAGGAUCCUGAACAAACAGAUGAAGGGCCGACAGCCAUGACGUUACCCAGCCAGGCCAGAGUCAACGUGCACAGCAUCAAAACUCUCAAGUUGUUGGAGUACAGUGACAAGCAGGCGGCUCAUGUUCCAGAUGAGCUGUUUGACGCUGCAGCGGGUCUAAGUGUCACCACUGUUAACUUCAGCAAGAACCAGCUCACCUGCACCCCCCCCAGACUGCAGGAGUUCCUGUCCUCUCUGUCGGACAUCAACUUGGCUUUCAACAGACUGAGCUGCUGUUCUGACCUCUGCACGUUCCUGCAGCUGGUCCACAUCGACCUAAGGAACAACCAGCUGAGUGAUCUACCGUCUGACAUGAAGAACUUAACCAAACUGUCCUCCGUUAUCCUCAGUUACAACAGGUUCAAGUCCGUACCUGAAGUGCUCUACCACAUGGUUUCCUUGGAGACGGUGUUGCUCGGUAACAACCAGGUGGACAAGGUGGACCCUCAGGGUUUGAUGAAGCUGGUUCAUCUGUCAACGCUGGAUCUGUCCAACAACGACCUGCUGAGCAUCGCUCCGGAGCUGGGCCUGUGCACCAGCCUGAGGAGUCUGGGUCUGGAGGGGAAUCCUUUCCGCACCCCCCGAGCAGCCAUCGUGGCCAGAGGGACCGAUGCCGUGUUGGAGUACCUGCGCAGCCGCAUACCCACAUGACCUUUUAUCAAUGUGGGCAUUAAAAUGCAUCAACAUGAUUGUUCUUCAUGUUACACAAGUCUGCAAUCCUCCAGCUGUGUGUGAAGUAGGGACGUGAUGGUGGAUCUGUCUGCAUUCCAUGGAUGUGUCGAGUCAUUUUGGACAAUCAGAUACAUACAGAUACCUGCAUGUGUGACUUUUACAAAGACUCUUCUCUUGAUUGAUUGAUUGGUUCAUUGAUAAUAAAGUUGUUUCUGAGAAUUGGAA